GACAAAAUCUUAAUCAAACAAAUGAUUAGUUGUUCCGUUUGAAGGUUUUGAUGGUUUUCAUUAGUUGUUCCUUCGUGCAGACUUCUGGGUUGUUUAGUAAGUCAACUUCAGUAUAUUUUAUUUUUUCGGCUUCCUGAUGUUGGUGAAUUUUGUUGAUAGUUUUCAACAAAUGCAAAUUCAAAUAACAAAAACAACAGGGUUUACUUUGCAUUUAUUAAUUAAGAAAGUCUACGCUUGAUGAACAUUCUAACAAAUUUAAAUAACAAAAACAAUGGAGAAGACAUCAGAGACUUUUCGCUUUUCCUUUUUCAUUAACACCAGCCUGGUUUCAUGAUCAUUCAACAUUCCUGUUGCUUCAUUUGACAUAAUUUGUGUGAGCAACAUUUCUUUUUCUUUUCACUCUUGAUCUCUACAUUUUUUCCUUUAAUGUCACUCAUUAGAGAGUCACGACACCUCCGUGUACCCUUUAGAGAUAUUAAAUUAGCAACCACAAACUUCACAAUGUUGAUCGGAAGUGGUGGAUAUGGCCAUGUUUAUAGAGGCGAACUCUUACUUUCGGGUAAACUUAUCUCUGUUGCUGUGAAGCGACUACCAAAUAAUAAUAAGCAUUCUGGUCAAGGUCUUAAGGAGUUCUUAACAGAGAUUCAAUUACUCUCCCGUUAUAAACAUCCAAACCUGGUCUCCCUUCUUGGUUACUGUGAUGAAGACAACGAAAAGAUCCUUAUUUACGAAUAUGCAAAGUAUGGAAGCCUCGAUAGGUUUCUAAGUAUGUCUAAUACCAGGUUUCAAGUCCCAUGGAAGCAACGAAUUAAAAUAUGCAUCGACGCAGCAAGGGGUUUGGAUUAUCUUCAUAACCAUGUUGCAGAAAAUCAUAGAGUUAUCCACAGGGAUAUAAAGAGUGUGAAUAUUCUUUUAGAUCACAACUGGAAAGCUAUGAUUUCAGAUCUUGGUCUUUCUAAGAUAGGUCGUGCAAAUGAAAAUGAGAGUUAUCUCAUUCACUACUAG